CCGAUUGAUCAAUAAGAAAUACGGAGAACGUUAACCACCGUGGAGUAAAGUCUCUCUAAGAGGCCGAACCACGCUAAAUCUCGUUUCUUGUCUUUGCUCUUUUGAUAUGCUGAUUUGAUUGUUUAACAUGGUAUUAGAGCCUCUCGUGGUUCUUCGUGUUUGCUCGUGACUAUCGAUUCGUGCUGCUCUCGUGAUCGGUGCUGUUAUUUGGGUCGUUAUUUGCUUCGUGCUGGUCUUGGGAUUUUCUUCUGUUGUGGCGGCGCUCAGGUGGUUUGAUUCUUGGACUAUUCUUCUAUUGUUUGGACUUCUCCCUACUGCUUCUAUUUGUUUUGGCGCUGGUUGUUCUUUGUGGUCAAUAUGGAUCAGGCUAAGGAUCUUGUUUCCUCUCGCUUGAAUGGCCGGAAUUUCCCGCUCUGGGAAUUCCAAUUUCGGGUCUUUGUUGAAGGGAAGAGAUUGUUCCCGUAUUUGGAUGGCUCGGCCAAGAAGCCUCUUGCGUCGGCCGAUGACAAGGAGCAGGCUGACUGGGCGGCUAAUAAUGCCCAGGUCAUUAGUUGGUUGUCGGCUGCUGUUGAACCAAAUAUAGCUCUUGGAUUACGUUCUUUUGCUACCGCUCAUGAAAUGUGGACGCAUAUAUUUGCCCUUCAUUCGCAGCAGAGUGCGUCGUGUCAAUUUGAAGUCUCGAAUGCUUUGGCCUUGUUGCAUCAGGGCGACAAAGAUAUACGUACGUACUAUCAGGAAGCUCUGCACCUGUGGACUGAGGAGGAUAUGCUGUCAGCUGCUUUGCUCAAAGGGGCUGUUCUGCAGGCGAUGAUGGCUGAACGACAACGCACCCAGUUAAUGAAUUUCAUAAUGAAGCUUCACCCGGAUUUUGAACCAAUACGGGCCUCUCUUCUGCAUCGGAAUGUGACCUCUAUGGAUGAAGUUUUGGCUGAACUGCUUAGGGAGGAGAUCAGGCUUCACAACCAAGCUCAACUGGACAGGUCAUCCUCUACUCCUGAGACUGUGUUUGCUGUUGGCCGGUCUGGAAAACCACAGUUUCAACGUCCUAUUCCUCCUCAUGUGGAAUGUCACUACUGUCGCGAAAAGGGCCAUGUUCAGAUUCAUUGUAGGCGUCGUAACUAUUGCAACUACUGUAAAACCUCCGGACACAUUGUUUUGGACUGUCCAUCCUUGGCUCGGCGUGGUAAGUCUACUGGUUCUAGUCCCCCUGCCCCUAGCCAUGGUCCCACUCCUCUUCCUGCUUUUGGCGUUCAGCUGCCAUCGGUUUUUGGUAGUUCCACGUCGGUGCCCACCCCUCCGCCUCUGCCCUCGGGAGUUCUUGGAGCUGCGCCAGCUGCGUCACCUCCUCUUUUGACGUCUGAAGCCUUGGAACAAAUGGUACAAGCUACGUUGCAGAAGGUUCUCCCUGGGGCCCUUCAUUCCGUGUUCUCCGUUCACUCCAAUGCGUCAGGUAAAUCCUCUUUAUGGCAUUUAGACUCCGCGGCAUAUAAUCAUAUGUCAGGUGAUCGUGAUGGCUUCAUGCAGUUGCGUCCUAGUCCGAGUAUUGAGUUACAGGUUGCUAACGGUGCUUGUCUCCCAGUUAGAGCUAUUGGUACAGUUGAAUAGUCUCCUAUUACUCUCUCGGACACCCUAUAUGUUCCAGGCUUGGUGCCUAAUCUCGUUUCUGUAGGACAACUCACUGAUAAUGGGUGCCGUGUGGUUUUUGAUUCGGCUGGCUGUCUGGUGCAGGAUCGGAGAACAGGGAAGAUAGUGGGUAGUGGUCGGAAGUCUGGAAGAACGUUUCACCUGGACUCGUUGCAGGCGUUGCGUUCGAAGACACUUGGUGUUGCUGGCUGUUCGUCGUCUUUGGAGAGUAGUAGUAGUCAUUGUUGGCCUUCUUGUUCGAGUAGUUCGGGUUUGGAUUUAAAUGUUUAUUCUGUUAAACCAUCGGAUUGGGACCUUCGGCAUUGUCGUUUGGGUCACCCCCAUACUGGUCGUUUGCAGACUAUGUUUCGGAACAAAUUACUUCCCGGUUGUCUGACUAGUAGUUCCAUUCCUACUCUUCCAUGUGUCAGUUGCAUUGAGGCUAAGACAAUUCAAACAUCUUUUGGUACUAGUGAGAUUGUUUAUUCUGAACCUUUUGAACUUGUUCAUACUGAUCUCUGGGGUCCUUCGCCGGUUACUUCGCGACUUGGGUUCAAGUAUUUUGCUCUCUUCAUUGAUCAUGCUACUCGUUACUGUUGGGUUUUCUUUCUGAAACAAAAGUCGGAAUUGCGC